AUGCUCUUGAAUAUAUUGAACUUGUUGAUGGCGUUGAGCAACAACACGAUGGAUUAUGAUGGUAUAACGAACCGCAAAAGUAAGGCUCAACUGUAUAGUGGAAGCGAAGACUCAGAGGAUGAGCUUGAGAAAGGCUUCGUCACUAAGAAAAGAAGAAUUACUCAUGCUGAAAAUGACAGUGAUUCGUCCGUUUCGGACGACGCGAGCAGUUUGAAGCCAGACAUCAACACUUUGAAAGAUGGAGACGUUCAUGCCAGCACUUCUGUUGUUGAGAAUGACGAUAUGUUCGCCUCUGAAGACGAACAGGAAUCCUCAAAUCAAAAUGCUGUGGUCGCCGAGAAGACCCUAUAUGAACCCGCCGAAGCAAAAAAGGGAGAUAUACAGAUCGAAGCAUUUAAUCUAGACGAGGAGUCCAAAACUGGAACCUUUGAUAAAUUUGGCAAUUACACAGAGACAAAAGUUAGCGUAGAGGACGCAAUACAGGAUCAGGAUCAAUGGUAUGACGAUUACAAGGAAAGUGAGCAACUACAAAAGGCUAAAGCUGCUCAAAUUAAAAUGGCAAAGCAGCAAGAGGAACUCAGAACGCAAGUAUCGAAAAACAAACGAUUGUACACUCUUGAAGAAGCUUUGAAGAGAUUACGGUAUUUUUUGAGCGGGAACGAAACGGUACUGAACGCCCUGGGAAGACUGAAUGUAGCUCGAGCGCACUACAAAAAAAAGUCCACGCGUUCUAAAACGAGUAAGCGGUCGGAGCCAGGCGUGGACGACCCUACAUCGCUCGAGAAUGUUUGUUUUGAGUACACCGUUCACUCUAUCAAUUUUCUCGCUGAGCUAUUGGAAAUCGUUGAAAGGAAGGGAAUUACCGAGGUGAAUGAUCUCACAAGGGCGCGAGUAGAGUCUUUGAUCGAGGAAGAGUCGCUGGACGACCAACCGAUCAACGAUUAUGAGACCAAAUUGUGGAGCUUCAAAUGGAUUCGAGACCUCAGCGUUGUGAACGGGACUUUCACAAAUUAUGAAAUGCAGUCCUGGAAGGAUACGUAUUUCGAAGACAACGUAGUUGUCAAGUACGUCGAUGAUGAAGACCAGACGCAAAACUGGGUUUAUAUCGAAUGUCUCCAGUUUAUAUGA